GUCUCAAAAAUCAACCAUCCUUUAGUUAGUGGUGGUACAUAAAACCCAAAUUGACGAAACCACAUCAAGAUUAUCUCCAAAAUAGCCGAAAAUGGUAGCACUAGCAAGGUGCUGCAAACCCUUCCUCCCGCCAUAUCUAACCCCUCUUUCUCUCUCCAAAACCCCACUUCAAUUCCGUUCUCAAUUCUCCAAUCACCCCAGAAACUAUGCAAUCAACAAAAGGGUUCGUUCAUACUGUUCUACCCCGUCAAUUAAUGGUCAAAAUACCAAUAGUAAUUCGAUUAUUGAUUCAAAUAACGAGAAAUUAGAGGGUGGAAUCAAGAAAGAAUUGUGGCUUUAUAAUACAAUGAGCAGGCAAAAGGAAUUGUUUAAACCUAAAAUUGAUGGUAAAGUGGGAAUGUAUGUUUGUGGGGUUACUGCUUAUGAUUUCAGCCAUAUUGGUCAUGCUAGAGCUUAUGUUACCUUUGAUAUUCUCUACAGGCAUCUCAAGCAUAUAGGUUAUGAAGUCUGUUAUGUUCGCAACUUUACGGAUGUUGAUGACAAGAUAAUUGCCAGAGCUAACGAACUGGGGGAGAAUCCAAUAUCUCUUAGCAAACGUUUUUGUGACGAAUUCCUCCAAGAUAUGGCCUAUCUGCAUUGUUUGCCUCCAUCUGUAGAACCACGUGUCUCUGAUCACAUACCACAAAUUAUAGACAUGAUUAAGCAGAUUGUUGAUAAUGGCUUUGCCUACAGUGUGGAUGGAGAUGUUUACUUCUCGGUGGCAAAGGUCCCUGAUUAUGGACAAUUGUCUGGACGAAGAUUGGAAGACAAUCGAGCUGGUGAGCGAGUAGCUAUUGACUCGAGAAAGAGACAUCCAGCUGAUUUUGCAUUAUGGAAAUCUGCCAAAGAAGGAGAGCCCUUUUGGGAGAGUCCAUGGGGUCCUGGAAGACCUGGUUGGCAUAUUGAAUGCAGUGCUAUGAGUGCUGUAUAUCUGGGCUACUCUUUUGACAUACAUGGUGGUGGGAUGGACCUUAUGUUUCCUCACCAUGAAAACGAAAUCGUUCAGAGCUGUGCUGCAUGUCGUGAAAGUAAUAUAAGCUACUGGGUACAUAAUGGAUUUGUCACUAUAAAUUCGGAAAAAAUGUCCAAAUCUCUUGGUAACUUCUUCACAAUCCGGCAGGUUAUAGAACUUUAUCACCCACUUGCCUUGAGACUCUUCCUCAUGGGAACCCACUAUCGCUCUCCAAUAAAUUAUUCUGAUGCCUUACUAGAGUAUGCAUCAGAACGUAUUUUCUACAUAUACCAGACAUUAUAUGAUAGUCAAGUUCUUCUGGGCGAGCAUGACAAGGCUAGUUUAAAAAACUCAAUUCCCCAGGAUAUUGCAAGUUGCAUCAAUGAUUUCCAAAAUAGUUUUGUGAAUUCCAUGUCAGAUGAUCUCCUCACUCCAGUUGUUCUUGCUGGACUGUCUGAUCCGUUGAAGACCAUGAAUGAUCUUCUUCAUACUCGUAAGGGAAAGAAGUGUGAGCAGCGAAUUGAAUCACUUGUAGCCUUAGAGAAGGCAAUCAGAAAUGUGCUGGCUGCUCUUGGGUUGAUGCCAUCAAAUUACUCAGAGGCUUUACAUCAGCUCAAAGAGAAGGCUUUGAAACGUGCCAAGCUCUCAGAAGCUGAAGUUAAGCAAAAGAUUGAAGAGAGAGACACAUCAAGGAAGAACAAAGAAUAUGAGAAGUCAGAUGCAAUAAGGAAAGAACUGGCUGCAGUGGGAAUUACUCUGAUGGACAGCCCAGAAGGAACGACGUGGAGACCUGUGGUUCCCACUGCACUACAACAAGUGCCAACAAUGGCUAGCUGAGUCAAUGUAACAUGAUUGUUUUUAUACCAUAUCAGAAAUUCAAAGUCAAGGAGACAUUAUUUAUAAAUUUUGAAAUUUUCUGUAGAUUAUUUUGAGUUUUCUGGUGAAAAAACUUGAGGUUGAGCAUAAGAUAUGCGGCUUAAUAAUCUAAUACUAUUACUGGAAACAUUUUGUGUUUAUUAGUUUACAAGUGCUCUUCUUAUGUACAAGUUCGAAUGACUCACCAUAUUGUUUCCAAUUUACUAUAUGAUUUCUUGCCUCAA